AUGGAUGCAAUCUUAGAUUUUUCAAAAGAAUUGGAUAUCAAUGCAUUAGAUCAAGUUGUUGAUACCUUUUACAAAGGUUCUGGUGUCCAACAAAAGCAAGCACAAGAAGUGUUAACCAAGUUUCAAGAACAUCCAGAUGCUUGGCAACGUGCUGAUCAAAUUUUACAAUUUUCGAACAAUCCGCAAGCAAAAUUUAUCGGACUAUCUAUUUUAAAUAAACUUAUUAGUACAAAAUGGAAAUUAUUACCCGCGGAGCAAAGAAUUGGUAUCAGGAAUUUCGUUGUUGGGAUGAUUAUUACCAUGUGUCAGGAUGAUAUGGUAUUUCAGACUCAAAAAAAUUUGAUUAGUAAAUCAGAUUUAACUUUGGUCCAAAUUUUAAAACAAGAAUGGCCUCAAAAUUGGCCUGAAUUCAUCCCUGAAUUAAUUAGUAGUUCCACUUCUUCUUUAAACGUUUGUCAAAAUAACAUGGUUAUCUUAAAGUUGUUAUCAGAGGAAGUCUUCGAUUUUUCUGCUGAACAAAUGACUCAAGCUAAGGCAUUGCAUUUGAAAACAUCUAUGGCUAAGGAAUUCGAACAAAUCUUCAAAUUAUGUUUCCAAGUCCUAGAACAAGGCUCAGCCCCCUCUUUGGUUGUUGCAGCAUUAGAAUCUUUACUUAGAUAUUUACAUUGGAUCCCCAACAGGUAUAUUUUCGAAACAAACCUUUUGGAAUUGUUAAGUACAAAAUUUUUGGGUUCUAGUGACAUUAGAGCGAUUACUUUGAAAUGUCUAACUGAAGUAUCAAGUUUACGUAUCCCACCAAAUGCCCCAGCCAUGAAGACACAAACUGUCCUUUAUUUCCAAAAUACUUUACAACAAAUAGCUUUACAUGUCAUACCGGUCAGCACAGAUCUAAAAUCAACUUAUGCAACAGCUAAUGGUACUGAUCAAUCAUUCUUACAAGAUUUUGCAAUGUUUUUAACCACAUAUCUAACUCACCAUAGGGAUUUAUUAGAAAGUGAUGAAAGUCUAAGAGAGCUAUUAUUAAGUGCUCACCAAUAUUUGAUUGAAUUAUCCAAGAUUGACGAAAGAGAAUUAUUCAAAAUGACUUUGGACUAUUGGAAUAAUUUAGUUUCCGAUUUAUUUUAUGAAGUACAAAAAUUACCCUUAAAUGAAUUAAAUCCUUUAAUGCAGUUAUCUGUGGGGACUCAAACUAUUUCUACUGGUGCUGGUGCGAUGAACCCAGAUUUUUUGAAAAGAUUUCCUUUGAAAAAACAUAUUUAUGAAAAUAUUUGCUCACAAUUAAGAUGGGUCAUUAUAGAAAAUAUGGUUAGACCAGAAGAAGUUCUUGUUGUAGAAAACGAUGAAGGUGAAAUUGUAAGAGAAUUCGUCAAGGAAUCUGAUACCAUUCAACUAUAUAAAUCUGAAAGGGAAGUUCUUGUUUAUUUGACACAUUUGAAUGUUGAAGAUACUGAACAAAUUAUGGUUAACAAAUUGGCGAGACAGAUUGAUGGCUCAGAAUGGUCAUGGCAUAACAUUAAUACUUUAUCAUGGGCCAUUGGUUCCAUUUCUGGUACCAUGAAUGAAGAAACUGAAAAAAGAUUUGUUGUUACAGUUAUUAAGGAUUUAUUAGCUUUGACAGAAAAGAAGAGAGGUAAAGAUAAUAAAGCUGUUGUUGCAUCAGAUAUAAUGUAUGUUGUUGGUCAAUAUCCACGUUUCUUAAAGGCUCAUUGGAAUUUCUUGAAAACUGUUGUCUUGAAAUUGUUUGAAUUUAUGCAUGAAACUCAUGAAGGUGUUCAAGAUAUGGCCUGUGAUACCUUUAUUAAGAUUGUUCAAAAAUGUAAAUAUCAUUUCGUUGUUCAACAACCUCGUGAAACAGAACCUUUCAUUCAAACCAUUAUUAGAGAUAUUCAAUCUACGACAAGUGAUUUACAACCUCAACAAGUUCAUACUUUUUACAAAGCAUGUGGUAUAAUCAUUUCUGAGGAAAGAAAUAUUGCUGAAAAGAAUAGAUUAUUAAGUGAUUUGAUGGCUUUACCAAAUAUGGCAUGGGAUGCUAUAGUACAACAAUCUACAGCAAAUCCGGCAUUAUUAUUAGAUUCAGAAACAGUAAAAAUUAUAGCUAAUAUCAUCAAGACAAAUGUUGCUGUUUGUUCUUCUAUGGGUGCUGAUUUCUAUUCUCAACUAGGUCAUAUCUAUUUCAAUAUGUUGCAGUUAUAUAGAGCUGUUUCAUCAAUGAUAUCAGAGCAAGUUGCAUUAGACGGACUAAUUGCUACUAAGACACCAAAGGUUCGUGGGUUGAGAACAAUUAAGAAGGAAAUUUUAAAAUUGAUUGAAACAUACAUAUCUCAAGCAAAGAACUUGGAAGAAGUUGUUAAAGAUCUUGUUGAUCCAUUAUUAAACGCAGUUUUAGAAGACUAUUUGAAUAAUGUUCCAGAUGCAAGAGAUGCAGAAGUCUUAAACUGUAUGACAACAGUGGUUAGUAAAGUUGGUCAUAUGAUUCCACAAGGUGUUAUUUUGAUUUUACAAAGUGUCUUUGAAUGUACCUUAAAUAUGAUCAAUAAAGAUUUCACUGAAUACCCAGAACAUCGUGUGGAAUUCUAUGAAUUAUUGAGAGUCAUUAAUGAAAAAUCAUUCGGUGCAUUUUUGGAACUGCCACCCACAGCAUUUAAGUUAUUUAUUGAUGCAAUUUGUUGGGCAUUUAAGCAUAAUAAUAGGGAUGUCGAAGUUAACGGGUUACAAAUUGCCUUAGAUUUAGUGAAAAAUGUUGAAAGAAUGGGUAAUACCCCAUUUGCUAAUUCAUUUUACAAAAACUUUUAUUUCACAUUUGUUAGUGAGACAUUUUAUGUGUUAACAGAUUCUGAUCAUAAAUCAGGAUUUUCCAAACAAUGUUUAUUAUUAAUGAAAUUGAUAUCAUUGGUUUAUGAAAAUAAGAUACAGGUUCCAAUCUAUGAUGAAUCAAGCGCUCCUCAAGGUACAUCUAAUCAGGUUUAUUUGAAUCAAUAUUUAGCCAAUAUGUUAGGUAAUGCAUUCCCUAAUUUGACGGGAGAACAGAUUACUAAUUUCUUAGGUGCUCUAACUAAGCAAUAUGGUGAUCUAUCUAAAUUCAAUGGUAUCUUAAGAGAUUUCUUGGUUCAAAUUAAAGAAAUUGGUGGUGAUCCAACAGAUUAUUUGUUUGCUGAAGAAAAGGAAAAUGCUUUACAAGAACAGAACAGGAUACAAAGAGAAAAGGCAGCUAUGGUUGGUGGUUUAUUAAAACCAUCUGAACUGGGAGAUUAA